AUGGAAAUGGCUCAGUCUGAUGAGCGAUAUCUCACAGUCAUCUCAGAAAUAGAAAAACAUAAAAAAUCCAAUGAAGCAAUGAGCAUCAGGCUGCAGCUUAAAAACCAAGAAAUCGAAAAGCUGAAAAGUUUAAUUAAUGCAAAACAAGAAAAUUUCAGUUUGCAACUACACACAAUCAAGGCCAUGAGAAAGCCAAUUUUAGCAGAUCCAGCAAUAAAUCAUGAGUUUACUGAUUUAAGGAAUUUAUUGGAAAGUAAAAAAACUGAGCUGAAGGCUUUGGAAUCGCAAAAUCAGGAAUUUAUAGGUAUUGCUAAUAGAAAUAAUUAAAAAAAAUAUAAAAAAUGCCUGAAAACUAAAGCAAUUCAUAGAAAAAUAGCAUAAACCUUUUAUAAAAGGAGGGAAACUGCAGUCAAAAUGGCAACAGCUCACAGAUGAAGCAUAUACAGGGUUUAAAGAAUUUGCUGAAGGAAAAGUGCAAGACUAUCACUUGGUUCUGCAGCUUGAAGGCCUCAAAGCUCAAGAAACCAAAAGCAGAAUUGAAGAAAACAAAGAAAUUUCAGAAAAUUUAGAAAAAGAAGCUCAGGCUUUACAGACGAUUAUAGGGGAGCUCCAAAAUAAAUAUAAAAGAAGCAUGGAUCAGCUUGAUUUGAUAAAGCAAGAAAUCAUUAGGCUAAGAAGGUCAGGGCAAUAA